GGUUGGCUUGGCAGCACCGGUGAUCAUAAUCUUAGCUGUAAAUAUGGCGGAUUCAUCUUUAAGUUCUUUGGGUGCAAAAGUUGUCGUCGCUGCAUCCAGCGAUGAGAAUCACCCGCCUGAAAACAUCAUUGACGGAAACACGAAAACAUUUUGGAUGUCCACCGGGAUGUUCCCCCAGGAGUUCAUCAUCCGCUUUGCUGAACCCACGAAGAUUUCUGCUGUGACAGUGGACAGCUACAAUGUUAAGCAUCUAAAGAUAGAAAAGAACACCUCACAAAAUGCUUCUCAAUUUGAGCCUGUCACAGAGAAAGAACUUGAGCGUACAGAAGGACAUCUUCAGUCAAAUGCUAUUUCACUAAAUGGAAGCAGUGCAACCCACCUUCGUUUUAUCAUCACCACAGGAUACGAUCACUUUGUUUCAGUGCACAGCGUCGGUGCACAAAACUGACACACCUGGAUUAUUGUGACUUAAAGCCUGAUGAUUUAUUUUGUAUACAUAUAUGUGGUUUAUGGCAUUAUUUGGUUGUUGUAAAUAUGAAUAGAUCUUUUUAUAGGCUCAGUUUGUUUUGGUAAAGGACACACACACUGACAUGUUCUCCCCCAUGGCACACAGCAGUAGUAGUGACUGGGAAUCUGAUAAGAAUAUUCCAUGAAUAUGUGAGGUACAUUAAUUUGGAAAAAUCAAUAAAUGUAUGUCUA